AUGACCAGUUCACAGGUUCUCAGUAGGUUGCAGGAGGAAGUGAUCUGCCCCAUCUGCUUAGAAAUUCUACAAGACCCUGUCACCAUCAUUUGUGGGCACAAUUUCUGCUUCAGAUGCAUCACUAAGAAUGUGGGCCCAUCAGACAAUUUGCUCAAGUGUCCCCUCUGCAAGAAAUCUGUGAUGAAGGACACGCUGAAGCCCAACUGGCUGUUGGUGAAUCUGGUGGAGAAAAUCCAAAUUUUAAGUCCCUUUGAGGAGCAGCCAGAAAUGCAAGAACUGAAAUGUCCAAAGCACCAAGAGAAGUUCCAUUAUUUCUGUGAGAAUGAUGGGAAGUUUCUCUGUGUAGUGUGUCAUCAAUCCAAGGAACAUAAAUUACACAAAAUCAGCUUGAUAGAAGAAGCUGCCCCAAAAUAUCAGGUAUUAAUUCAAUCUCAGCUUGAGACCUUGCAGCAAAAGGAGAAGGCACUAGUACAAAUGAAUGUAAAAGGUGAACAGAAGAUCAGUGAAUUCAAGGCCCAGGUGAAGAAUGAAAGGCAAAAAAUCAUCCAAGAAUUCAAGCAUUUGCAUCAGGUCCUUCAGGAGGAGGAGAAGCUCCUCCUGUCCCAAGUGGACCGGCUGGAUCAAGAGGGAGCCAAGGAGGAAAAAAUUUAUAUCACUUCCUCUGAGGCACUGCAGAAGCAUCUCGGUAGGCUUGCUGAAUCCCUGAAGGCCAAGCAGAAAAUGUCUUCCAGAGAUCUGCUCUGGGAUAUCAAAGUUGUCUUGUACAGGUGUAAAGCAUUUCAACUGGUCUCCCUAACCCCUGUUUCUACGGACUUGGAGAAAAAAUUAAGUGAUGCCAUAUCAAGACAUAACUCCAUUGUAGACACCUUGAAGAAAUGCAGAGACAACCUCUUGGCUGAUAAGAAGAAAUACAAAAGCAUGUUUUUCAUAGACACCUCAAAGAACUCGACUGUGUUAGAGAAUAACAAUUCUAAAAUGAACACAGCCUUGGAGCCUGAGUCCCCCUCUACAGCCCCCGUGACCCUGGACGCAACCUCAGCUCACCCGGACCUCAUUCUUUCCCAGGAUCUGAAGACAGUGAAGCUGGACAUCGGCCCUCUGAGUAACUCGGCGGAGCCAGCAGACCCCAGGUGCUUCUACCCAUUCCGCUGCGUGGUGGGCUUGCCUAGCCUCUCCUCUGGCAAACAGACCUGGGAGGCGGAGCUCCAAGGGCCCGGGGGAGGAGCUUGCCUGGUGGGCGUGGUAUCGGAGCACGCGCCACGCCGGGGCUUCCUACAGGUGGAGCCCAAGGCUGGCUUCUGGGUACUGCGCAUUAAGGGCACCCAGUGCCAGGCCCUCAUUCAGGACGACACUCGGGAGGUGCUUCCCAUUCCUCCGAGUAAAGUAGGCGUCCACGUGGAUCAUGAUCGCGGGGAGGUCGUUUUCUACGACGCCAUCACUAGCAAACACAUCUAUACCUUCCAGGCCUCCUUCCAGGGGCGGAUCUUCCCCUUUUUCAGACUCCUAUAUUCUGGCACUCAGAUCACUCUGAGCCCCUAG